CGGGCGAGCUGCCGCUCACGAUUCAAGCGGCCGCUUGGGCGGCGGGGCUGUUUUAAAGGCGCCGCUGCUGCUCGCAGGCCCCAUCCAGUUGCUGAGCGGGAGAGAGAACGAAGCGGCGAGUCGCGGCGCGCAGCUCUACCACAAUGCCUGGAUCCCUUCCUGUGAAUGCUGAAGCCUGUUGGCCAAAAGAUGUGGGAAUUGUUGCACUGGAGAUCUAUUUUCCUUCUCAGUAUGUUGACCAGACAGAAUUGGAAAAAUUUGAUGGUGUGGAUGCUGGGAAGUAUACCAUUGGUUUGGGUCAAUCGAAGAUGGGAUUCUGCUCAGAUAGAGAGGAUAUCAACUCACUCUGUUUGACUGUGGUACAGAAGCUUAUGGAGCGGAAUAGUCUCUCCUACGAUUGCAUUGGGAGAUUAGAAGUUGGAACAGAGACAAUCAUUGACAAAUCAAAAUCUGUAAAGACUGUCUUGAUGCAGCUCUUUGAGGAUUCUGGUAAUACUGAUGUAGAAGGGAUCGACACAACAAAUGCAUGCUAUGGAGGCACUGCUGCUAUCUUUAAUGCUGUUAACUGGGUUGAGUCUAGUUCUUGGGAUGGUCGUUACGCGCUUGUUGUUGCUGGAGACAUAGCUGUGUAUGCCACUGGGAAUGCCAGGCCAACUGGUGGAGCUGGUGCUGUUGCUAUGUUAAUUGGUCCAAAUGCACCUUUAAUUUUUGAGAGAGGACUGCGUGGGACCCAUAUGCAGCAUGCUUACGACUUUUACAAGCCAGAUAUGGUGUCUGAGUAUCCUGUGGUUGAUGGUAAACUAUCUAUUCAGUGCUACCUCAGUGCAUUAGAUCGCUGCUAUUUUGUCUAUCGCAACAAAAUCCGUGCUCAGUGGCAAAAAGAAGGAAGUGACAGAGACUUUACCUUGAAUGACUUUGGCUUCAUGAUCUUCCAUUCUCCAUAUUGUAAACUUGUACAAAAAUCUGUGGCUCGACUGUUGUUGAAUGAUUUUCUUAGUGACCAGAACUCUAAACCAGAAAAUGGUAUUUAUAGUGGCUUGGAAGCUUUCAGGGACAUAAAACUGGAGGAUACUUAUUUUGACAGAGAUGUGGAAAAGGCCUUUAUGAAAGCUAGUUCUGAACUCUUUAAUCAGAAAACCAAAGCUUCUUUACUUGUAUCCAGUCAAAAUGGAAACAUGUACACCCCCUCAGUCUAUGGCUGCCUUGCUUCUCUUCUAGCACAGUGCUCCCCACAGCAGCUAGCAGGACAGAGAAUUGGUGUGUUCUCCUAUGGUUCUGGUUUUGCUGCUACACUCUAUUCCAUUAGAGUUACACAGGAUGCCACACCUGGUUCUUCCCUGGAUAAAAUAACUUCUAGCCUAUCUGAUCUGAAAACACGACUUGACUCAAGAAAGUGUAUUGCACCAGAUGUUUUUGCUGAAAACAUGAAGAUUAGACAGGAAACUCAUCACUUGGCAAACUACAUUCCACAGUGUUCAGUGGAUGAUCUGUUUGAGGGAACAUGGUACCUAGUGCGAGUGGAUGAAAAACACAGAAGAACUUAUGCUCGACGUCCAGUGCUCGGUGAUGGACCCUUGGAAGCAGGAGCUGAGGUUGUCCAUCCAAACAUAGUUCAUGAGCUUAUCCCAAGCCCUGCUAAGAAAAUGCCAAGAAUUCCUGCAACAACAGAUUCUGAAGCUAUUGCUGUCUCUAUUUCCAAUGGAGAACAUUAAUUUACCUCUGUGAGGUGGGAAAUUAAUUAAAAUUGGGGUUUGGUGGGGAAGAAAAAGGGAUUAGAUAUUAUCUAUGUUUCAUUGUACAGUAAUACUUUAUUGGCGCAUGGAAAACUGUUUAAACUCCUUGAGAGGCUAGUUUAAUGUGAUUUUAUAACACUAAAGCAUGAAAGUAUUGGAAAAGGCAAAGGUUCUAUGGGCUUUCAUAACUCUGGAUAUUGGUGUGGUUUCAUAAAUGGUUCAGGAUUGUGUGCACUAAUUACAAGAUCUUGGUAGUUGGACACAGAAAAACAGAAACUUUUACUUGACUUCCCAAUUUUUUUAGUGAACCCUUUUAAAAUAGAUUUAAUUUUUUUUUUUUUUUUUUUUUUUUGCAUGAACUCCUAUUCUGGAAGUAAAAUUUUCUAAAAAUGUGUAGAGGGGAAAAUGUGUUCUCUCCUCUCCUAAACAACUAUGAUCAAAACCAAUUCUUGCCUCCCCCCCAAAGUGUGUCUGGUUUUUAAUGUUGGGGUCCUCGGUGCCUUGACAACAAGUAGUCAGUUUUCUAAGUACACCCAUUUCUUCCAAUGCCAAGAAGUUUGUUAGGAAUAGGCAUCAAGUGAUCAAAGUCUGUGACCACCUGGUAGCUGUGGUCUCCAUCUAACUCCCAGUGCCGGUAUCACAUCACUUUUAUCCACAUAAUUAAAGCCCACAGCCUUACUGUUUUGGCAAUAUUACAGCAGAGGCCAAGGACUGAAUGAAGUUGGGAGUCUUCACGGUUCUUCCACUGAGAGGUUCUUGGCAGGGCAGCAGGAAGAAAGCUGUCUAAAAUUAAUAAAGGGUUUAAUCCCCUAAUUCUUUCAGUCUGGUACCUUUUUAAAAGAAUAUUCAACUUAAAUGCUUAUUUGUUGUUAGUGAUCAGAGGGCAGUUUUCUACUUCUCAAUUUUCAAAUACUAUAAGGAGCUUAUUCAUACUGACAAACGCAAGGGGCAAAGAUGUUCCUACCUCUUUCUUUUACUGUAUUGUUCUUAAUAACAAUAUUAACUUUGAACUCAUGAUUGGUUUCAUAUUUCAACUUCCCCAUCCAGUAUUUCUAUAACAAGACUGUUGCAGGAAAACACAAAAACCUUUUCCCAUCUUUCCAGUCUGACAGCUGUUCAUUAUGCAAGAAGUAAAUGCCCAAAACUAGCAGGGAGACCAUUCUGAGCUAUGAAGAGCCUUGAUAGCUUUGUAAAAUAUAUUUAAGUUCUAAAGUACAAAUUGCGUCUGUUUAAAUUUUAUUUCACCUUCCACUUCAAAACUUUAUAUAAUAUAAACUCGUAGAAAUGAUGUGUUGCAAAAUGCAGGUUUUUGUGUAAUGUAGUGUUUGUAUAAUACACUGUCACUAAGAUUUGAUAACUUUUUUUUGUUGAACUUGUGUAGUCAACUUUCUAAAAUUUCCUUUAAUAUGAACAGAUGUGGGCUAAUAAUCUAAGUGCUUUUAUUGAAAGUGGUGGAGAAAUGAUGCAUGAAGAUACGUUUGCAAGGGUUAGGGUUUUUAGUUUCAUAAGAAACUAAUGUGCUUCCAGAAGACUAAUUUAUCUCAGAAUGAAGUCUGUUGCUGGCAAUGGACAGGCCAAGAAAUACUGGCACACACCCACGAAUUAACUUGCUCUCCUCUCUAACACUGAGGCAGAUCCUUUUGUAAAUAAAGUUUUAGAGAUAUUUGAAACCAGUGUUGGUGUAGUGCUGAAUUGGUGUGGAAUACAUCUCUUAAAUGGAUUAGGAAGAAUCUAGUGGCCCAGCAAACUCUGGUGAGUAGUAUGUACAAGUUACUGAUCAGGGAACCCAAGAUAUGCAGGUGUUCUGGUAUAAAUGUUUCCCUUUUCUGUUGCAUAGUGGACUAUUAAGAGGAAAGUUAAUCAGACUCUCUAGUUGACACUUCUGCCCUAAAACAUGAUUCUAAAUAUUUUGGGUUAUAUCUUUCCAUGUUAUAUACAGCUUGUUCUUUAAACUCAAACCAGUUGUAACAAUUUUUUUCUUGACUGCCCUCUUGCUCAGCACUCAUCUAUGACUACAAUGCAGUCAAUUUCCAUAACCUUUUUUAAUUCCAAGCUCCUCUUUACAACAUAAAAGCAAAUGAAGGAAUACUGUGCACCCCUUUUUAGCUUUAACAGAGCUAUUUAAAACCCUACCAGGCCAAUGAAAACAUGAAAAGUUGUUUUUUUAAAUUUAAAUUCUGGUUGUCAUACAAACAGAAGCUGUGCAGCUUCAAUUUUUAAUUGGCCAAACUAAAGCCCCAAGGGACUGACCUCAAGCUGCCAGUGUAGCUGUUUUAACUUUGCCAGCUUAUACUAGUGUAACUAUUGAGGAAACAUUUUUACAGCUUGUGUUAAGUCGAUAUAGGGAGACCAGAGCCCCAAACUUCUGAUUAUAGUAGAAAGGGGUAUGCUGCCUUAUAGACAAACAUUGCAUAUGGCAACUGUCUUUUUAUAAGGGGACAUAGUCAAGGAGGGCUCUACUACAAGAGACUUCUAAGGUAUUAAAAAAGUCCCAUUCUUGUGUA